AUGAAAAGAUUUAUUACUUUGGUUCUUGCUCUAUUCAUUGGAUCUAGCCAAUAGAGUUUUAUCAGCAAGGAACUUGAAAAUUAAUUGACUCUUUAAGGUAGAUUAAACCAUCUAUCUUAAGAAAUCGAUGAUCUUUCAGCUGUAAUUAAUAUGCUAAGACUAGAAGAGGAAGGAUCAAUUAACCACCACCAUUAGCAGAUUGAACCUAAAGUUGAGAAUGCAUGGGAUAUUAUCUCAGGAAUCGGCUCAGCUAUCCAAUCUAACCCGGUAGUUGAUCUUGGAGAACAGUAUGGCCAGAUGUACUUAGCUAAAAAGCUAAAUGAAUUAUCUCAGGGUAUAUUAGUGUAAAAUCCAAGAAUUACAGCUGAUUAAGCAAUUAAUCUUGCAAACAUAAGAGAACAAAUGAGAAUGGAAAAAAUCUAAGCAAAAAAAAACAAGAAAAACUCUUUUAAUACUUACUCAUCCCAUAAUCUUCCACAAAUUAUGAAGCCUGAUUAUUCUAUAUAUGGAUACUGA